UGGGGCGGAGCUUUGUGCCAGAGGGCGGGGACGCCCUCUCGCCUGCGAGGUCUUUAGAGCGCACACACGCUACAUCCCCUGGUCGCUUAAUCUUGGGUACCGGCUCCUGACUCUUUGCGCAGCCAGCCACGAGUCUCCCCACCCGCAGGUCACAUUUCAUUGCUCGUGAAAGUGUCCACUCUUGUCUGGGAAUUCACACAAGGUCAGUUUCUUACCGGAAGAAGAUAUCAGUGUUCUCUUGGACCAACUACUCUCAUGUCAUUGCAAAAAGAUGAGGAUGUUUAAUGUCUUUAUAUUCACAUCCUUCUGUCAUUUGCUGAACGCCUUUAGUAUCACUGUUCCCAAGGACCUGUAUGUAGUUGAAUAUGGCAGCAAUGUGACAAUCGAAUGCAAAUUCCCAGUAGAAAAACAACUAGACUUGGGUUCAUUAGUUGUCUACUGGGGAAAGGAGGAUGAGGAAAUUAUUCAGUUUGUGAAUGGGAAAGAAGACCUGAAGGUUCAGCACAGUAGCUACAGGCAGAGGGCCUGGCUGUUGAAAGACCAGCUCUACCAGGGAAAUGCUGUCCUUCAGAUCACGAAUGUGAAAUUGCAGGAUGCUGGGGUUUACUGCUGCAUGAUCAGCUAUGGUGGUGCAGACUACAAGUGGAUUACCUUGAAAGUCAAUGCCCCAUACCGCGAGAUCAGCCAAAGAAUUUCUAUGGAUCCGGUCACCUCUGAAUAUGAACUAACAUGUCAGGCUGAGGGCUACCCUGAGGCUGAAGUCAUCUGGACAAGCAGUGACCACCAAAUACUGAGUGCUAAAACCACCAUCACCAAAUCCCAGAGGGAAGAGAAGUUUUUCAAUGUGACCAGCACACUGAGAAUCAACACAACAGCUAAUGAGAUUUUCUACUGUACUUUUAAGAGAUUAAGUUUCACAGAAAACAAUACAGCUGAAUUGGUCAUCCCAGAACCAUCUACAUUACUUCAAAGGACUCACUUUGUGAAGCUGGGAGCUGUCCUGUUUUGCUUUGGUGCAGCAUUGACAAUCCUGUUCUGCUUAAGAAAAAAUGUGAGAAUGCUAGAUGUGGAGAAUGGUGGCAUCCAAGAUAUAAACUCAAGGAAGCAAAAUGAUACACAGUUUGAAGAGACGUAACCAGCAUUGAAAAUUACAUUUUACAAGCAGGGAUUCUUUGCCUGUUGUUUGGGAGUUCACGGAUGAAAGGGCCCAUGGGAUGCUGCUGAUGAUGUUGGAAUUAAAAGGCCCAAAUAUUGAAAAUAGAACCUGGGGAAAGAAGAGGAGAACAAAGAAAGAUGGGAGUAGAAAGGGGAGCCUGGAAGGAAACCUGGGCACUUCAACAUAAGCUGAGAGACUUGUUGGUGCAUGUAAAAGGGACAAAGAACACUUCUGAAUGAGGCGUCUCCAAGCAAACCAUCCAUCACUCAUGCUAGGAAAGUGGGUUGAGGAUCCCUGAUUUCAUGGAUGUUCUUGCAGAAGUGCCCUUUGCCUCUCCUUGUCUUCUCCACCUCCUCGUGUUGCAACAGUGUUGAAGAAUGAGUUGUUUCUAUUUAUUUCCAGUCUGAGGGGUCUUGUCAUAUGACUGUGGCUAUGAAUGAUUUCUUUUGAAGACAUACUAUAGUAGAAGUUAAAAUUUUGUCACCAAACUCUAUACUUAACUGCUUGUUUGUGUUCAGUGAAACAUCUAGUAUUUGUUAGAUACUAGUAUUCUCUGUAACUGACAUUACAAAUUGGAAGCAUAGAAAAUAAGCCAUUGGUUUGUAUAGGAUUUGACCUUAUAUAACUUAUUGAUACUUUGUUUGACUUGACUAAUCCUAUUCUCAGACCUCAGGGGUCUGCUGCAAAAUCUGUUCCCUUUAAAUAUCAGAUUUAUAACUGUGUGGUACUAUACACACAUGAUCUCAUGUAUUCCUGUCAUCACAACCACUAUUAUACCCAUUUAACAGCUGAGGAAACAGAGAGAUUAAGUAGCUUGUACACAGCAGUAAAUAGCAGUCUUCAGAUUUCCUCAAUUUAUCUGCUGUCCUUUUGGAAUACAAUUAACAUCUCUAUUUUAAGAAAUGUGUUUAUUUAAAAAGUGUUUAAAUAUCUUUGUAUGAUACAUGUGCCUUGCAUUGGGCCAGGCAUUGAGUCUACAGAAGUGAGCAAGACAAAAUAUCAGUUGCAUAAACAUGAUAAUAAUCAAAGCAAUUUUUAGAUUAUAGGAAGUCAGUAUUUUUUAAAAAACUGUGGAAAAUAACUCUGGAAUUCCUUUUCUAGCAUUAUAUUUAUCCCUGAUAUGUCUUUACCAUACUUCUCUAUGUAGUGUGUGGUAUUUUUAGCACCUUCUUUUUAUUUUUUCUCCAUUUAUGCUUAUUUUAUGUUUGCACAGUGAUGCCCAUGGGUUCUCAGGUUACAGUGAGUCAAUCCAGAGUCAAUUCAGCAUUGAAGGGCAGAGAUGUUUUGUUGUUGUUGUUGUUGUUUGGUUUGGUUUGGUUUGGUUUUCUACUGAGGAUUGAACCCAGGGCCCUAUAAACUCUCUAUCUCUGAUCUGAUCUGCACCCUCAGCCCUUUUUAUUUUGAAACAGGGUCUUGCUAAGUUGCAGAGAAUGGCCUCCAACUUGCAAUCCUGCUGUGUUUGCUACCUGUGGUGGAAUUACAGGUAUGUACCAUUGUACCUAGCAAUGGCCUUAUUAUUAACUCUUUAUGCAAGAAACAUGUCAAAAACUUUUUAAAUAUAUUUUCUUUUUUUUUUUAUACCAAGGAUUGAAAUCAGGAGUGCUUAACCACUGAGCCACAUCACCAGCCCUUUUUAUAUUUUACUUUGAGACAGUGUCUCACUAAGUUGCUGAGGGCCUCCCUAAAUUGCUGAGGCUGGCUUUGUACUUGCAAUCCUCCUGCCUCAGCUUCCCCAGCCUCUGGGAAUACAGGCAUGCCCCACCACACCCUUAGUAUAAAUUUCACCUUGAAUGUUGCACUUGCAUAAUUACAUGUUAUUUCUGGAAAUUCCAGCAAAGUACCUUGGCUGCUGGCUACCCUGGACCCUUGUCUGUACCAGAAAGGGACCAUUUUCUCUGCUUAAACCCUAUAAUAUCAUCAUCUUUUAUCCCUACAUGGGCCUCAUAAGAUAUUUUUUUCCAGAGGCACUGAGAUUCAGAUGACCUUUCAAAACUUUUCCUUCACUCCUGGCAAUUUAUUAGCAUCUUCUUUGUUGCCACGUGUCAAUACUGAAGAAACAAAGUCUCCAACAGAACCCCUUAUAUUAUGUGUUUCUACUUUAUUUAUUUAUACAAUAAUUUGUGUGAAAAUGUCCUUUGUUUGAUACAAAGACUGUGGAUGAGCAAGACAUUCAUUUGUUCCAUACAUUCACUCCAUUCCUAAGUCUCAACACCUCGUGGUGUUGGAUUUAUAAGCACUUUAACCCUGUUGUCUUGUGUUUCAUUGUAAAUUACAUAUGCAGAAAUGUCAUCUAAUUCUAUAUUUGAUUGUCAUUGUUUGUACCUGCAUUAAUUUAAUAAAAUAUUUAUUUUGUUUCUCAUUA